UCAUCCCCUCCCCCUCGCCCCCUCCCCGCUCUGCUGCCGGCUCCUGAUCUGAUUCCUGAUCCCUGAUUCCUUGAUCCUUGGUCCCGCCAUGGAAGCCUGAGCGAUCCCCACUCCCCCCUGGCCCCCUGCCCCCGGGGCCUUGAGGGGGAAGAGGCAGCGGUCUGGGACGGAGAGGGGGUGACCAGGCUCAGCAGCCCCCCUCUACACCCGCCAUCGUCCGCGCUGCCCGGCCGGGAGCGCGGAGUUCGGAGCGACCCGGAGCGCUGCGGAUACAAAGGCGCCGGGCCGAGCUAGGCGCCCGCCGAGCCCACCCGGCAGUUCUCAGCGGCGGGAGCGUCGCUUGAUUUUCUCUGAGCCAAGCCCACCCGUCCAGCAAAAUAGAGUCCCUCAGGGUGACGGUUGAUUUCCUGAAGGUGCCCCUUGGCCUGAAGAAGCCGGUGCUGAAGGAGGUGGCUGUGGGGCCCCCCAAAAGGCCCCCACCUGUGGCCCUGGAGCGCUACAAGGCGCGGCGUUCAGACGCCAUGGACACCGAGUCCCAGUACUCGGGCUAUUCCUACAAGUCGGGCCACUCCCGCAGCUCCCGCAAGCACAGGGACCGCCGGGACCGACACCGCUCUAAGAGCCGGGACGGGAGCCGUGGGGACAAGUCAGUGACAAUCCAGGCUCCGGGAGAGCCCCUGCUGGACAACGAGUCCACGCGAGGGGAUGAGCGGGAUGACAACUGGGGGGAGACCACAACGGUGGUGACGGGCACCUCGGAGCACAGCAUCUCCCACGAUGACCUCACGCGCAUCGCCAAGGACAUGGAGGACAGUGUCCCGCUGGACUGCUCCCGUCACCUGGGUGUGGCGGCAGGGGCCACGCUGGCACUGCUCUCUUUCCUCACGCCGCUGGCUUUCCUGCUGCUGCCCCCGCUGCUGUGGCGGGAGGAGCUGGAGCCGUGUGGGACGGCCUGCGAGGGCCUCUUCAUCUCCGUGGCCUUCAAGCUGCUCAUCCUGCUGCUGGGCAGCUGGGCCCUGUUCUUCCGCCGGCCCAAGGCCUCACUGCCCCGCGUCUUUGUGCUGCGCGCCCUGCUCAUGGUGCUCGUCUUCCUGCUCGUCGUCUCCUACUGGCUCUUCUAUGGGGUGCGCAUCCUGGACGCCCGCGAGCGCAGCUACCAGGGCGUGGUGCAGUUCGCCGUGUCGCUGGUGGACGCUCUGCUCUUCGUGCACUACCUGGCCGUGGUCCUGCUGGAGCUGCGCCAGCUGCAGCCACAGUUCACACUCAAGGUCGUGCGCUCCACUGACGGGGCCAGCCGCUUCUACAACGUGGGCCAUCUCAGCAUUCAGCGCGUGGCCGUGUGGAUCCUGGAGAAGUAUUACCAUGACUUCCCUGUCUACAACCCUGCCCUCCUCAACCUGCCCAAGUCCGUCCUGGCCAAGAAAGUGUCUGGCUUCAAGGUGUAUUCCCUCGGAGAGGAAAACAGCACCAAUAACUCCGCGGGCCAGUCCCGGGCGGUGAUCGCAGCUGCGGCGCGGCGGCGGGACAACGGGCACAACGAGUACUACUACGAGGAGGCGGAGCACGAGCGGCGGGUGCGCAAGCGGAGGGCCAGGCUUGUGGUCGCGGUGGAGGAGGCCUUCACUCACAUUAAGCGGCUACAGGAAGAGGAGCAGAAGAAUCCCAGGGAGGUGAUGGACCCCCGGGAAGCAGCCCAGGCCAUUUUCGCGUCCAUGGCCCGUGCCAUGCAGAAGUACCUUCGGACCACUAAGCAGCAGCCUUACCACACCAUGGAGAGCAUCCUGCAGCACCUUGAAUUCUGCAUCACGCACGACAUGACACCCAAGGCCUUCCUGGAGCGGUACCUGGCGGCUGGACCCACUAUCCAGUACCACAAGGAGCGCUGGCUGGCCAAGCAGUGGACACUGGUGAGCGAGGAGCCGGUGACCAAUGGGCUCAAGGAUGGCAUCGUUUUCCUCUUAAAACGCCAGGACUUCAGCCUGGUGGUCAGCACCAAGAAGGUCCCAUUCUUCAAACUCUCCGAGGAAUUUGUGGAUCCCAAGUCACACAAGUUUGUCAUGAGGCUGCAGUCUGAGACCUCGGUGUGAUUGUGUGGCGGCAGGGGAGCAGGACGGCGGGGCCCCUGAGGGCGGAGGGGUGGCCUGGCUCUCAGGCCUGUGCACGGUCCUGCUGCCCUUCCUCCUCUUGCUGUUUAUUUUUACUUGAAUUAACUCACUCUCCCUUUCCAGUCUCCUCUCCUCUUCCUCACUUACCUGGUGUGAACUCGGAGAGACCGUCCUGCCGUCGCCAGUACCUGGGGAGCCCCCUCCAUCCCCCACCCUCCGUUUUGUAUCACUCCAGGCGCUGCAGGAAUCGGUGCCUCUCCCCCCUCCUUUCCUGGAUGACAGUCUCUUCUGAAAGGGCACAGGGCCCUGCUGAGCCCCUCUCUAGAACCCAGGUGCUCAGAGCAGUUCUCUUCAGUGGCUCCCCAAAGGGUGUCUCUGGGGGACACAGACACGACUCCAGAGAGCCACCGUGCCAGAAUCCUCCAGGGCAGCAGCUGCCCGCAGCCUGCCGACGGCAGGUUCAUCUGCUCAGCCCGCCGCUCACCCUGCCCAUCACAGACCCUGCGUUCUCAGGGCGGGGGUCCUCCUGCGCGCUCUCACACAGCCGCACAGUCAGGGCUCUCCCUGCCAGGGUUAUUGGCUUCCAGCUGUUAAGAGUCUCCCUCCCUCAUCUCCACAUACUCUGAGCAAGGGAAGAACCCAUCCUUUACCCAGAAGUCACCUGUUUGAUGUGUGUGGUCUCAAGCGACCAUGUCAAACUGAGGUGGAAACCCUCUGUGACCACUGUUCCUGGGCUUUGGGGCAGCACCUUCUUCCACUGGGUCUUCCCGGGGCAUCCACUGAGGAAGGGUGGAGAAACCCAGCAAGCACCACUGACCCCGGCCCCCGGAACCUGCGGCACCUUCAUCUCUGCCUUGGCGGGCAGGUUUCCCCCUCCCACUGGAGGAUGGCGUGUAGGCUCCUAUACAGAUGCAGUGGUUUGCAGACCCUGAUCCACACCCCGUGAUCUUAAGACAAGCACGUUUCUUUCCUUCACCCGCCACCCACACCCAGUCCUGCUGUCUCCUGUUAGCCACAAAAACCUGUUGUCUCAUCUCUUUCUGGUGGGGAGCCAGCAGCUCCCCUUCUUCCCCUGCCUUAAGUCCACAUCUUUGCCUCAGGGGUCUCUUUUCCUUGGCCGGCCAGGGUCCCCUCCUUUUCUCUCCCUGCCUGGUUCUCUGGGCUCUGGGCUCUCUCUGUGUGGGGGUGGGAGGCCAGGAUUGCUGCCUUUUGUGGGUACUUAGCUCUUUACCCCACUGAGCUUUCAUUAUCUUUACACUCUAAUCAGAAAUCUCAAGAGUUUAGGUCUCAAUUUGAGCAAAAUUCACUGGCCCUCUAAUACAUAUUUUCAGUGUAAAUCUGACACUUUAAGUCAGACACCUCUAUAUUAUGUAGUUUUAGCCAAGGAGAAUAGGACUAGGAAAUACGCACAUACCUCCAGCCAGGACCCAUGUGGAGCAGGUUCCUGUGUCUGGGCUGGAGCCUGCCCCUGGGCCUAUCUAAACAGCUUACAGUGAGUGCCCUUUAUAGGCCCAUCUUUUUCCUGGAAAACUCAUUGGUUCUUUCCUUGCGGGAUGCCCCCUGGGAAAAGAUCCCAUUGAUCUCUCACCAGAGAGGCUGCCCAGGCAUGAUGGAGCCUAGUGAUUGGGGUUUCUCCUGCUGUCCUUUCUGAAAAAGCACAUCUUCCCUGCACCCCACUUACUAGGAGGGGCUCUUCAGCCAAUGCCUCCCUUGUCUCCACAGGGUGGGUUGGAGGCUGACUUAGGGCCUGGAGGUCAGCCUUGCACUGGGGCUGUGGGCUUUUGGAUAGGCCUGAGUGAAGUACGUCCUCUCCUGGGGGUCCUUUCCUUCUCUUCGAAGACCUUGUUUCAGAGGAGUCGCUUCUGGGUCGCAUUGCUAAAUACCUCACUAUCCUGAAAAACGGGCCUGGAUGGUGAUUGGCGUCCCUGCCUUCGUGGGCAGGCGUGGGAUGUGGUUUGAGGACCCAGGUGGGGCAGGGAGAGGGCAAGUAUUUGGGAUCUUGGUUGCUGCCCUAGGUUAGGGGCGGGGAAGUGUUUAUUUUAAGAACCUGCCAUGUUGUUAAUCACUGUGAUUUUUUCAUUCCUUUUUCCUAAAACAAUAAUUUUUUCCCUCAGCUCUCUAAGCACUAAGGGCUGCAACUGAGAAUGGUAGUGUUUUUGGUCCUUUGUGUCAGAACUGUGGUAUCUUUGUCUUCUUUGAUUAUUAUUAUUAUUAUUAUUAUUUUUUUAAGUGUCAGGAUGAAUCGUCAAAUGUGUGGCUGUGUUCGUCUUUUGCUUCUCCUGUAUGGGAAGUUGUCUUCGCGCCGUGAACUACUGUGGGGUGUGCAGCUGACUCAGUCCCUCUGAGCGGUGUCCCCCGCUUUGCCUGUCCCAUAACACACUGUAUUUUCCCACUCUUCCCUUGUGGGGGUGUGCUCACCUGUUCCAUCCCCCACACCCCCAUGUUACCAUGGGGGGAUGCUGGUACUGGGUCUCUCCAGUGCUCCAUUUUCUGCGACUACAUGGCAUCCUAGCUCAUCCCCACCAUCCCUACUCGGCCUUCCUUUUUGUCACCUAGGGAUGCCUGUCCUCCUUGCCUCCACACCAGGGUGCUGUGCCUCAGUCUUUCACCUACCUUGCCACUCUGCCGUUGUCCCCAUUGAUCCCUGGCUCCUCCACUGCUCUUUGUGCUGUUUAGUCUUGUUUAUUUCCUUGUAGUCCCUCAUUUUUUUUUUCUCCACUCCCUUCCCUUUCAGCCCUUAAUUUUUCACUUCCCCAUCCCCACCUCAGUACUCCUGUUGCAAACCCUGGUAAAAUACCCAGAUGAGAUAGUGGGAUUCCUGGAGCCUUCUUGUCUGAAACGUCCAUUUCCCAGAGUUCGUGCAUCUCCCUUUCUCUGUUGGGCCCAGGUGAGCUCCCUCGCCCCUCUGUGGUGUCUGUCAGUCUGUCUUCUCUUUCCUCUGCCCUCCCCACGGGGUAGCAUCUGCUGAUGGAUUCAGUCCUGGUGUGUGAUUGUUGUGAUUUGUUCUGUACGAGAAAGGCAGGCAGGGGGCUUUUUGCGUUCCCUUCCAUGUGAGAUUGUAAAUGUAGAAUUUCCAGCUGUUGGAUCUAGAUUUUUCUUUUCUUUCUUUCCUUUUCUUUUUCUUUUUUUGGGUUACAGAGACCUUGUGCAUGCAUGUAGAAAAUUGUAAAAUGUAAAUUUUUUUUUAAUAUAUAAAAAGCUUGUUUUUACAGUUUGCAGUGGAUCUAAACAUUAUGGCAACUUUAGGGAUUUUUUUUCUUAAACAUAGGAACUAAAACUGUACAAAAUUUUUUUUAUAUAAAAUAAAGACAUUUGACUUUUGUGGGGGCAUUCUGUUUUUUUUUUUCCGCA